UACCCAUUUUAACCAAUAAUGUUUAAUUCAAGGUGACCCGAUGCUAGCAACAGAACCAUUACGAAUAGUAAAUUUUUCCUCUUUCGUGAAUACAAAUUUUACAACACUUGCGUUAGAAUUUUCGAAGUGAAAAUUUAAUUCCUCGGCGAGUGCGAAAAAAUCACGUUAUUCAUUCUACAAAGCUCAUGGCUUGAUCAACAGUGAAACUACAUGAGUGAACAUGAACAAAAUAUUUCUAUUGACUGUUUUAUGUCUGGUAAAGGGGUCAAAGGCCCUGCCAUUGCCAAGUUUGAUCGAUUCGACUACAUUACAUAAACGUUUUGAACCUAGAGAUCUCACCUAUGAUGUAACUUUCGGAUUGCUUGGCACAAACGAGAAUGAUGGUGCGAAUUUGAAUCCAAAUAUUAAAAUUGCCUCAAAUAUUCACGAUCCGAAAACUGAAACUGUUAAGAGUCUAUUACAAGCUUUAGAAGAAGAGUCUGAACAUGCUGAUAGUGAACAGCAGGAAAACAUCCUGAGUCUCAUUCAGGAUUUUAAUAACGUAUUAGUUUACAGUCCAGCAAGAUACGCUAAAAUUCUUUUGAAUGAUGUUUGGCAUACAGUCGAUAUGGGAGCUUUUGGUACGUCACAAAGGAUGAGAGAAGUAAUCACCACUGAAAGUUUCAUAAACAAACUUAAACAACUUUUAUGGCAGAUAUUGCAACUGGUCUAUGAUUAUUUCUCUCAAGAGAUGAGUAAAAAACCUACAUCAAAAAAUAAAGCAGGCUCACCUGACCAUUCUAAGGAUGGCCAUUUAGGAUCAGAGAGUGGCUCAGAUUCAGGAAUAAUGAGUCCAGAAUCUGAUAGUUCCAGAGGUUCUGGGUCAGGUUCAGACAGUGGUUCUGAAGAAAGUGGUUCUGUUGGCUCAUCCCAGAAUGGUUCUGCAGGAAGCAUUACAUCUGAUUCAUCCAAAAGUGGACAGGGAAGAAGUGGUUUAGGAUCAUCAGAACCUGGUUCCCAAGAAUUAGGAGAAAAAGGCAUAUCAGGUAGAAUGCCAGGUAAUGUGUCAGGUAGCACACCAAGUGACAUGUCAAGUGGCAGUCCAGGUGGUUUAAGCAAAGCUGGAUCCAUGAAGUCUGAUGGUUCAGACUUGUCCCAUCAUGAUUCUAGUGUGUCUUUGAUAUCUGGCUCCUAUGAUGGAAAAUCUGAUAGAGGUAGGUCUUUACAGUCUGGUAGGGGAGAAUCAUCAGCUGGUUCAGGUAUGGGUUCAGACAUGGGUAACCAGUUAUCUGUAGAUGGUUUAGGAAAAUCGGGUAAAAGGGAAUCCAUGCAAUCUGGUAGCAUAGAAUUGCCAAGGGAUAUUCCUUCAGAUGACAAUGACUUGAGAACAUCAAUAUCUGGAGGUGUACAAUCUUCAGGGAAGUCAAACGGAUCUUACAGGUCAGAACUAUAUAGUGGACAUUUUAAAGAAAGUGGGUUGUCUGGAAUGCAACAGUCUGGCGAAUCAAGUGGAUUUGAUUCUGAUAGUGAGUUAUCUGGAAUGAAACAAUCUUCAGGGGAAUCAAUUGGAUCAGCUGGUAGCCAGUCAGCUUCAGGUGAAAAUGAAAUGAGUGAUUCAUUGGAAAGAAAACAGUCUUGUGGUGAGUCGGGUAGGUCUGGGUCUGACAGUGGAUCAUUCAGUGUGGGUAAAUCAGGUGAGCCUUCUUUCAAGGAUAUGGGUGAUAGGAAGAAAAUUGAUGCUAUAGAUGAUUCUAGUAAACAUGAUGCUAUGCAAAUCAGUAGUACAACAGAUGAUGUCCUCCAUAAGUGAAAAUGUCUCCUUAAACUUUAAUUUGUUGUGUUAAUUGUAAGUACCUAACUAUAGUUUAACACCAAAUCUUGAAGAAAAAAAUAAUAAUAAUUAGGUACCCAUCAGUGAAUUAAAAAUGUUGUGAAAUUGUGAUAAGUAUGUGAUUUUGUGAAGUACCUAUAUGGUUAUUUAUUUUAUAUGUAAUGGAAUAGCCAUUAUUCAUUACAUUAGAUAUAUCUAUGCCUAUAAUACUUAAUUACUUCUUAAUGCAUACUCACAUUUCAACCCAAUCAUUACAAUUUCAACAUCAUUAUUGAUCAAUUGAUCAUACAUGUAUUUUCUGUGCAGCAACGGUAGACAUCAACAUUUACAAUGGGAAAAUGAUGAAUUACCUAGAUUAUUUAGUAAAUAGGAAUCUUCUGUCUGUAAAGAAGCCAAUCUAAUAAAUUUUUAAUUUUCUCAUUAUUUCUGAUACCUUGAUA